AACCCAACCUCAAAUUUGGUUCGGACAAAAUUGGCCACAGCAACAACAAAUUUCGUUUUGGUGUAAGCAGCUGACGCAUUCCGAUUUGGUUAUCGGAACGUUGGCAAGUAAUAAAUUUUUGCGUAUAACAGCACAAAUGUGCAUGUAACAGCUCAGACUGUGCUUGUAACAUGCGCUUAACAGAACAUCUGGGUGAGCACAGCUGUUUCCCGCCCAAUUUAAUUCGGACUUCAAAAUGGGAAAGCAUAAAUCAUCUCUUCAAGAUGAAAUCCUGGUGGGUUUUAUGAAAGACAACCCGGACUUGGCAAAAGGAUUUGUGAAGGGCGACCGAGUUGUUGUCGAUGCCAAGUGGGCAGAGCUUUGCGGCGCUCUCAAUGCUGUUGGGCCGCCAAUCAAGGACGCAUUGGGUUGGAAAAAGGUUUGGGCAGAUUGGAAAACAAACAUCCGCAAGAAGAUGGCGAAAAACAAAUCAGAAACUCGAGCUACAGGUGGAGGGCCCUUCGCUCAGCAAUCGCUUGGGGAAUUGGAGGAGAUAGCUAUGUGGCCUCUACGAAAUGGUGGAAGGAGUAGGUGGGCCAGCGUAUGGACUUCCCCCCGUACGACCAAGGAGGCCGACACUGGGGUUAAGUGCGUGAUGGAAGACCCCAUUGAGGAGGAACCCUCAGAGAAGGACGAACCCUCAGAGAAGGAGGAGCCCAUGCCGAAGCGCCGUCGAACUAGACCAGCGCAGACCAUGGACCUCAACGAUCUCUGCGCUGCUCAGCUGGAUGAAAUGUCGGCAAUUUCCAAGAAAAUUUCGGAACAUUUCGAACGAAUGGAAUCGUUAGAGAAGGAGAAGCUCGAGGUCCAAAAGGCGCUUGUAGACAAAUUUAGCCAAAUUUUGGACAAAUUUGCGAAAUAAUUAGUUUCCUAUUAGUUUUUUUGUGAAACUUAGCUUUAUUAGUUAUAAAGAAUAUCGAAUGACAUAAAGAAGAAAACAUGAAAAA